AUUGAAUGGUGGAGUAGAUGCAAUGGGCUGAAUGGCCUAAUAGUACUCCUAUAGCUUGUGAACUUGUUUGGUUUAAAUCCAUUGGGGGUGCAGUGACUUUAUGACUCAAUGCAUGGGGUUGGCAUCAAGAACCCGCAGCCAAUCAGAGCUGGGGGGAGGGGGGUUGCGAUUGUUCCUCAGAAUGCUGAGUCAGGGAUCCGUCGCUGAGUUCCAAAGUUUCCAUGUGCAUCUUUUUAAUUUAAAGAUAACUUCACGUUGGAAUGCAGUGAUGCAGAGGGAUAAUGAGGCCCAUGGGGAGAGCGGAGAGAGGGAGCCCAGAGAUCUGAGCAGGGUGGCCUCACGCCACGCAGAGACCAUGAGCAAGAAGGCGCCCAAGUACUUCCCUUCCCUCUAUGACACCAACAGCAACUCGUCCCCUCUCAACGGCUUCAACAUCUGGAAGAACCUCUUCCCGGCCCCGGAGAUCGUGGAGAACAAGCCCACCAAGGCUUCCCUGUGGCCGCGGGGGUUGGCGGAAAACGCCUACGAGCCCCUGAAGUUCUUCUCCCCGCCGGUGGGAGGAGACUCCGCCUGGAGCGAGCUGGACGAGAUCUGCGAGUUGGACAUCAGGCUGAAGGAGAUGGAGCUCCUCACGCUGACUGGAGAUGGCUUCGACCUGCGGAGAUAUAAGUUUUUAAAGAUGCUGAAAGAUGAGAAGAUGCAAGACAUCAAGGCAGCCAAGGAGAAGAAGCUGCAGAUCUUAAAGGACAAGGCGAAGAAAUGGUAGUCCUUCCAUUGAGCAGGAGAAUGGAGAUCUUAGCGCCUUCAAGGAUAAUCAACCACACUGCAAUCAAAGAUGUUUAAUGUAGGGUCUGAUAUACAAAACAUUAAGUUGGACUGAAUUACUAGGUUUCCUUUCUGAUUUGCAACCAAACGCCUCACUGACUGUCAAAAUUCACUAAAUAAGACAUUUCAAUGUAGUUACUCAACUUAAGCCAGAUUGAGUUGCACAUCAUUUAAACCGCUCCCAUUGUUAGAUCACACUGGGUGUUUGAUGCCACUGGCUUUUCCACAACUCUCCGAGGAAUUGUUACAACAGCGGGGAUUACCUUGGCUGGUGGGAUUACCUUUAUCCUCCCUUCAUCCGGUUCAGUUUACAGGCCAGGGUUGUCAACUCUGCUGGAAGUUUAGUUCUUGACAUCUUUCAUGCCUUGUCUCAAUCUUGUUCCUAACGUUCUUUUAAUAACUCAUUUAUCGUCUAGGGAAAACAUUUUUUUUUUUUUAAUCCCCCCCACUUGCUUCUCUCAAGUUGGGACGGUGCCUUCCGGGUUAAUCUUCAAUUCCAGGGAAUCCCAGGAUAACGGUGGAGAGAUAGCAAUCCCAAACCAGGGCCUCUGGAUGAGAGAUGAUGCAUGGAGACACUUGGGAGUGGGAUGCAUUGGUGGGGAGGGAAGGUGGCAGUGUGGAACCUGCAGAAUAACACGAGUUGCUACCUAAUGAACCCCUAUUCUGUACCAAUCCAUGGAGGUCAUUCUAAAUCCAGCACAGACACCUCCCUCUCUCCCCAUUUCCUCUACCCCUGCCCCAGACUACUGACGGACAUAGAGUCAAUGUGAAAACAUUCGGGGAAAUGAUAGGAGAUUGUUUAAGCCUUCAUUCUUUCAAUGAGUCAUCCUCUGCUCUGCCGGCAUGAUAAAGGAUUCAUGGUUUUCAUCCCCUCAUGUUUUUGCAAUGGCUUUUAGUUACUCUGAGUUGGAUAAAGGCCUCUAGAUGUUGAUGGAUGUCUGUCAGAAGGCAUCUAGUCUCUUUCUCGAAAUAGUUGUUUCCAUUUACAUGUACCAGUGGCUGAAUCCAUCUGUUUCAAAUGAUGUUCUUGUAUAAUGUUCAGCUUUGAGUGUGCAUUGAAAUGCCUGCCCAUUCAAUCCAUUUCACACCCAUCCACAAACCUCACAUGCAUUAUCUAAGCAAUUCAGGCAUCCUUGUGAUCCUCGGAUCCCCAACUAAACGGUGCUUUCACCAGACACGGUUCAUUUGGGAAUCAAAAUUUCAGUUGGCAAAUUUAGCCCAGUGUUUGGAGCGAUGAAACGCAGUGCCUGCAAAGGCAAGCUCUGGCCAUAAGGGGUCGCUGUUGAACAGAGCUGGAAACAUCUGUAGAAGACAUCAGUCGUGUGGUCCUCUGCUGUUACUCGUGCAUGGAUAUUGGACUUGGCUCUUGGCAUUCUGUCUCUCGGCCGUCAGGGGCACAGAGAUUAUGUCACCGGGACUAGUGCCAGGAGAUGCAGGUUCAAAUCCCAACCAGGGAGCUGGAUAUUUUAAAUCCCAUUGACAAAAUAAAUCGAUAAAUUGAAAAACCUAAUAUCAGUGAAUUUCAUUGUGGAUGUGUCAAACUUCCAAACUCCAGACCCAUCAAUGGGAUUGACUGGUAACAACUAGUACAGGGGCUGUGAAAGAUCGGGGAUAAACUCUGCUCAUUCCAUAUACAUUUGUGUCCUGUGAAUUAACAUUUCUUUAAGCUACCAGGUAGCCAAUAUUCCCACAAACAUCAAAUGUCGUUCUUGCCGACGUUCCCUGUUAAUAUCUAUAUAUAUAUAUAUAUAUGUUUUAAGGAUUGACUGUCAUGCUGUCAAAGAGAUAAGAGGUGUAAAAGUUAAUAUACUGGGUGCCUGCAAAUAACUGCACUAUGAAUUGAAGUCUUUGUGGAAGUAAAAGAUACUAGGCUUUAGAAUUACAUCAGUAUAUUUUUCUUGGUGACUACAAGGCAUCAAGCAUUUCAGCAUUGAAAGUGUGAAGAUAAUUUGAUGUUAGUGUUGCUUUUAAUGGGGCCAGGAUUGGAAAAUGCUUAAAAAUAUAUAUAUUUUUCUGUAUAAGCACCGAUAACCAUUGAAAUUGUAUAUCAUUGGAAUAUUCGAUAUAAAAGUUAAUAAUGUACAAUGUCAAUGAUUUUAGAUUUUGGAAAUGGGUAAUUUAUUUCUGCAUGCUCUUGGAUAAAUUAAUGGAAACAAAGUUAAAUAAAAAUGCAGAUGAAUUAAAAAAAAAAUACGUGUGAUGUUGUCUGAAUGGGAAACUCCCAGUGUAAAGACCAGAGAACCAUCAAUAUAGUUUAGUUUUAGAGAUACAGCAUGGAAACAGGCCCUUCAGCCCGCGUUAACCAUCGAUCACCCAUGCACACCCAGUUUUAUGCUAUCCCACUCUCUCAACCACUUCAUACACACUAAGGGUAAUUAACAGAGGUCAAUUAACCAACAAAGACACACCUCUUUAAGAUGUGUGAGGAAACCAAGGCACCCGGAGGGAACCCACAUGGUCACCAGGAGAACAUGCAAACUCCACACAGACAGCACCUGAGGUCAGAAUCGAACCCAGAUCUCUGGCGCUUUACCACCGCACUGUGCUGCCCAAAUGUGGUGGCACAAUAAUCUCUUAUGAAUGGAAGGGAAUCUCUUAUUAUUGGGUUAAACAGCUCCUCAGCGCUUGCCCUACCUCAGUUUCCCCGGCUCGUAUUAAGUUUGUACUUUCACUUGGAAUAAUGAAAGUAUUUAAUUGAAACAAAAUGCUCUGCAUUCUUCCAAAAUGUGGAACCCACUAAAACAACCCCUGCACAUUGGCCGUACCAAGUGGAGACUCGGCGACCAUUUCACCAAGUCCUUGGAAUGAACUUGCACCGUGGGGACAGGGCUUUUACUUCAAGCAAACUGCACUGCGAGAUACAAUCCAGCAGUACUGAUCAAUGCAAUCAAUUAACCUCCCCCCCUCCCCCAUAAAUCACGUUGACUGCAGGAAUAAAACCAUCAUGGACAGAACAGCCAAAUUCUUCACAUCACCCUAACAUCCUCACCAGCAUUGACAUAUAGUGGGAUUUGCAGACAAAAU